GGGGGCAAGCUGCAAGGUGUCUCGAACCCUGCAGCUGUCUAUCAUUGCGCUGCCAAAGAAGGGAAGCCGAGGUUCCUAGCUGUCUUUCACUUCGAUCGCGGCAAACGGCGGCGGCGCAGACGGAAAGGCCAGGCGAAGGGGGAGCGUAGCAAUCUGCGGCGGUCGUGAUCUGUUGCCUCUGGGUCGACAAUCAGUGUCGCGUCCCAGCCCUUCUGUUCGUCCCACAAACUCAUCGAGGCAUGGAGCCGGGGGCCAAAUCGGAAGCGAAGCAAGGGGAGGCGGGAUCCGGCGCGGUGGGAGGCGGCGGCGGCGGCAAGGUGUAUCACGAGAGGCAGAGGUUGCAAUUCUGUCUGCUCCACGCUCUCAACAACCUUAUGCAGGAAAAGGAAUGUUUCACCCGAGCUGAGUUGGACAGGAUUGCUGGAAAUCUUGUUCUUAGUGAUCCAAACAAGGACCAAUGGACUCCUCUAUCUUUCAUUUUUAGACCUCACCACAAUGUGGUAACUGGGAACUAUGAUGUAAAUGUUCUCAUCGCGGCAUUAGAAGCUAGAAAGAAGAAGGUGGUUUGGCAUGAUCGUCGAAAAGGAGCAUCAUCAAUCGAGCUGGAUGCAGAAGUGUUGGUAGGCCUUAUGAUCAAUGUGCCUUUGAGGAGGUUCAGGGGCCUCUGGACCGGCAGGCAUUGGGUAGCAAUUCGAAGCAUUGAUGGUACCUGGUUUAAUUUGGAUAGUGAUCUUUCUGAACCCAAGCAAUUUAAGGACAAAGAAAAUGUGAUUGCAUUCCUUGACAGCAUACUCAAUCAAGGUGGAGAACUCAUGGUUGUGCUGCAAGAUGAAUAACGGUACUGCCCCAAAUCCCAAAGGCUACAAAUAGCUUCUUCUAUGUGACUUGCCCAUAUUUCAGAAUUGCCAUCACGAUGAGAUCACAGACAUCUACAGCAUAAAUUUCUUUAAACCUUGAGGUUUAAUAACUGAGCAUAAUGAACGUAAUGGUAAAUGGAAGCUUCAAUCUGUGAAAUAUACACCUCGCAUGUUUCUGCUGUGGGCAUGGGAUCCUCUGCUUGAUUGAUUGUUGUGUCCAUCUCUGUCAUAUACCGGAUUGCCGACAAGGUAUCUGCAGCAGGCAAAACAUAGGCUUGCGAAAUGAUGGGAAGAAAGAACUUUGGUUCUCAGCAAGAGCAUGUUACUAUGGAGAUGUGCAGAACUUAAGUGGAGGAUGAAGGAGUAUUUGCUGCUGUUGUAAUUAUAUUUGGAUAACCAAAGUAGUCCUGGCAUGUUCUUAGAAUUUGUCUAUUCUUUCUGCAAGGAUAUGUACAUUACACAGUGACUAUAGACAACCGUCUUACAAAAUUGAUCAUCGCUGAGUUAACAACACAUGCUAUUGGGCUUAUCAUGGA